AUGGCAAAGAGAAAGGGCUCCAUGGCUCAAAGUGGUAAAGCCGCUGAGAAGCCCGAAGCUGAUGCUUUCAACGAUCUUUUCCAGCCUGUCUACAAGGGAAAGGGGUUGACUGAUGAGAUCAAUACUGCUGAGGACAAGUGGAACCUGUUACCGGCUUUUUUGAAAGUAAAAGGUCUGGUGAAGCAGCAUUUGGACUCAUUCAAUUACUUCGUUGAUAAGGAUCUGAAGAAAAUCAUCCAAGCCAAUCAAUUAGUGCUGAGUGACGUUGAUCCCGAGUUCUAUCUCAAAUACCUGGACAUCAGAGUGGGUCACAAGUCCUCCUCGUUGAAAAGAGGAAUCGAGAGAAAAGAGGUCUUGAUGCCUCCUCACGAGUGUAGACUUCGUGAUCUGACUUACAGUGCUCCCAUCUACGUGGAUGUUGAGUAUACAAGAGGCAGAAAGAUUAUCAUGCACAGAGACCUGGAGAUUGGUAGAAUGCCUAUUAUGCUUCGCUCGAACAAGUGUAUUUUAGAUGGCAGGACCGAGGGUGAAAUGGCCAUCUUAAACGAGUGUCCUUUAGAUCCUGGUGGAUAUUUCAUCGUCAAUGGUACCGAAAAGGUGAUUCUUGUUCAGGAACAACUGAGUAAGAACAGAAUCAUUGUCGAAGCGGACGAAAAGAAGCAGAUUGUCCAGGCCUCUGUGACUUCCUCCACUCACGAGAGAAAGUCCAAGACGUAUGUGGUGACCAAAAACAACAGGAUCUACCUGAAACAUAACUCCAUCAGCGAGGAGAUACCGAUUGUGUUGGUGCUCAAGGCUGCAGGCAUCACGUCCGAUAUGGAGAUCAUGCAAUUGGUAUGUGGUGAGGAUUCCACCUAUCAGGACAUGUUCAUUGUCAACUUUGAGGAGGCCGCAAAACUUGGUAUCUACACCCAGAAGGAGGCUUUGGAGUACAUCGGAAAGAGAGUAAAGACGGUCAGAAGAAUAAAUUCUCCAAGAUUGACGCUAUUGCAGGAGGGUAUCGAGGCGAUUGCUACUACCGUCAUUGCCCACAUUGCUGUUGAGAACUUAGAUUUUAGAGAGAAGGCUCUUUACAUCGCCAUGAUGACCAGAAGAGUCGUUAUGGCUAUGCAUAACCCCAAACUGGUUGACGACAGAGACUACGUGGGUAACAAACGUUUGGAGCUUGCAGGUCAGCUUUUAGCUCUGCUAUUUGAAGAUUUGUUCAAGAAGUUCAACAACGAUUUCAAAGCCAAUAUCGACAAGAUUUUGAAGAAACCAAGCAGAGCAUCGGAAUUUGAUGCCCUGUUGAGUAUCAACAUCCAUUCCAACAACAUCACCACCGGUAUGAACAGAGCCAUUUCGACUGGUAAUUGGUCGCUGAAGCGUUUCAAGAUGGAGAGGGCCGGUGUCACCCAUGUUCUGAGUAGAUUGUCCUAUAUUUCCGCCUUAGGCAUGAUGACCAGAAUCUCCUCCCAGUUCGAAAAGUCCAGAAAGGUCUCUGGUCCAAGAGCCCUUCAGCCUUCUCAGUUUGGUAUGCUGUGUACCUCAGACACACCAGAAGGUGAGGCCUGUGGUUUGGUCAAGAACCUGGCCUUGAUGACACACAUCACAACCGAUGAUGAAGAAGACCCAGUCAAAAGACUGUGCUAUGCUCUGGGAAUAGAGAACAUAGCGAUUGUGGAUAGUGGUAAUCUUCAUACCAAUGGAACUUUUGGGGUCCAUUUGAACGGUACUUUGAUUGGAACAACCCGCUUCCCGAUCCAGUUUGUUUCGAGAUUCAGAUUUUUGAGAAGAACCGGGAAAGUUUCCUCGUUUAUCUCCAUCUUUAUCAGCAUGCAUCAUACCGCAGUCCACAUUGCGGCUGACGGAGGAAGAAUUUGUCGUCCGUUAAUCAUCGUGGAGAACGGUGUCUCCAAGGUCAACUCGGACCAUCUGCUUAAAUUGAGAAACGGAGAAUGGGAGUUCGACGACUUCUUGCGCAAUGGUCUUGUUGAGUACCUUGAUGUGAACGAAGAAAAUGAUUCGUACAUCGCGCUGUACGAAAGGGACAUUGUCAAGACCACCACUCACCUGGAGAUCGAGCCUUUCACCGUGCUGGGAGCCGUUGCGGGACUCAUUCCCUACCCCCAUCACAACCAGUCUCCAAGAAACACGUACCAAUGUGCUAUGGGAAAACAGGCAAUUGGUGCGAUAGCUUACAACCAGUUCAGAAGAAUCGACACCCUGUUGUAUCUGAUGGUUUACCCUCAACAGCCCAUGGUUAAGACCAAGACGAUCGAGCUCAUCGAUUACGACAAGCUUCCCGCUGGCCAGAAUGCCACCGUCGCGGUGAUGUCGUACUCAGGUUACGAUAUCGAGGAUGCCUUAGUGUUGAAUAAGGCUUCGGUCGAUAGAGGAUUUGGAAGGUGUCAGACCUUGAGAAAGAAUACCACCACUUUGAAGAGGUACCCCAAUCACACAAAGGAUAUCGUUUCGGGAAUGAGAGUUGAUGAAGACGGAAAACCAGUUUUCCAGCACUCGUCUCUGGGACCCGAUGGGUUGGGUGAAGUGGGUAUGAGAGUAGAGAGUGGACAGGUCUUCAUCAACAAGUGUGUUCCCACCAACGCCAAUGAGAAUAUAAUAGGUGGCCCAGCAACCAAUGAAUACCAGUCCCAGGAACAGCAUAGAGAGACACCCAUGGUGUACCGUGGCCCUGAGCCCAGUUACGUUGACCAGGUGAUGAUGUCUGUUGGCGAUAACGACCAGGCUCUGAUCAAGGUGUUGCUGAGACAGACCAGAAGGCCAGAACUGGGUGACAAGUUCUCGUCCAGACACGGCCAAAAGGGUGUCUGUGGUAUCAUUGUCCAGCAAGAAGACUUGCCAUUCAACGACGACGGAAUCUCUCCCGAUAUCAUCAUGAACCCGCACGGUUUCCCUUCGCGUAUGACGGUCGGCAAGAUGCUGGAGCUGAUUUCCGGCAAGGCAGGUGUCUUGAACGGAACAUUGGAGUACGGCACGUGCUUUGGAGGCUCCAAACUCGAGGACAUGUCGAAGAUCUUGGUGGAUAAGGGAUUUUCAUACAGUGGUAAAGACAUGCUUUACUCCGGUAUCACGGGUGAAGCUCUCCAGGCAUACAUCUUCUUCGGCCCCAUCUAUUACCAGAAACUCAAGCAUAUGGUUCUGGAUAAAAUGCACGCCAGAGCCAGAGGUCCCAGAGCAGUUCUCACGAGACAGCCCACGGAAGGUCGUUCCAGAGACGGUGGUCUGCGUCUGGGAGAGAUGGAAAGAGACUGUGUGAUCGCGUAUGGUGCCUCGCAGUUGCUGUUGGAGAGGCUGAUGUUGUCAUCUGACGCAUUUGACGUGGAUAUCUGCGGCGAGUGCGGUCUCAUGGGUUACAAUGGAUGGUGUCCCUCUUGUAAAACCAGUGAGGGAAUCGUCAAGAUGACGAUCCCCUAUGCGGCCAAGCUGCUGUUCCAGGAGCUUAUCUCCAUGAAUAUUGCGCCUCGUCUUAAACUAGGCGAUGUAUUUUAA